AUGAAAAUCCAUGUGAUCUGCAUUUUACUAACAAACAUCUUUAUUCAACUUCAAUCCUUGUCAUUAUCAGAAAUUGAGGUUGGUUAUCAGGUAACAAUUGCAAUUCCUACUGCCUACUCCAAAGGUUUUCAGGGCAGAGCUUUUCUGAUUGAAGCAGAACAAAAAACCGAGCCGUUUUUCAGGGCAGCGGUCAGCAUCGAGGCUGCUGACGAAUACGAGAAAUAUUCGUGCUCGAUCGAUGUUUUUCUUGGGGAUGUUAAGGUUUGGAGUUCGGGACACUUGUCGAGAUUCUACGCGGUCAAUAAAUGUGUGCUUGAGCUGACUGAAAAUGGUGACUUGAGGUUGAAGGGUGAGAAGGAAUUGAUUGGAUGGAGGAGUGGAACUUCAGGACAAGGUGUUAAGAGGCUACUCUUGCUAAGGACAGGGAACCUAGUUCUAGUCGAUGAAUUGAGCUCGAUAAAAUGGCAAAGUUUCAAUUUUCCGACCGACGUGAUGUUGUGGGGCCAAAGAUUAAGUGCUCGAACGUGGCUGACUUCGUUUCCAAUGAACUCGACAUUGUUCUACUCGCUGGAAAUCCAGCAUGAUAAAUUAGUGUUGUAUUUGAAUUCUGGCAAGUCGAAAUACUCUUAUUGGGAGUACCGGCCUAACGACGUGCGGGGCAUCACGUUCGUAAUGUUGUCUUCGAACGGGCUCGGCUUGUUCCACGGGAGCCACAAGUUUGUGGAGAUCCGACCGAAAGACCGGGAGCCCGUGAGGUUCAUGUCGCUCGACAACCGCACGGGCAAUUUGAUAUUCUACCGGUACUCGGAGGAGAGAAAGAAAUUCAAGGCUUGUUAUCUAGCGCUCAACUCUACUUGCGACCUCCCCCUGGCGUGCGGGCCCUAUGAGGUUUGCUCCUCGUCGGGCUCGUGCUCCUGCAUCGGGGUGUUCAAUUGCAAGAACGAAAAUCUCAAGGGGUUUUGUGGGAAGAAAAUAGAUGUGGAGAUGCUCGAGCUGCGAGGCGUAGUCAGCGUACUGAGGAGCGUUUCGUCUAGGGGUAAUAUCGGUAGAGACGAAUGCGCAAAGUCGUGUUUGAAUGAUUGUAAAUGUUUGGCUGUUGGGUAUGAUGGUAAUUUUGGAGAAUGUUUUUUGUAUGAAGUUGCUAGAGGGAUUAAACAAGUUGAAAAAAGAGGUAAAGUGGUGUAUAUGGUGAAGUUGCCUAAGGGAGUAGUAGUACAUAAUGGGCAUGGCGAGAAUUCUUGGCUAAAGAAAUGGGUUAUUGUUGUUGUGGGCUUGGUUGAUGGGCUUAUUAUUUUGAUUGUAUUGGGAGGAAUUGGAUAUUAUGUGAUUUUAAAAAGGAGAAGGAAUUUACUAGGUAGAGGACAAGGUACUUGA